UGCUGGUGACAAUACGGGCAGGUCAGUGGGGUAACAGCAGACGGUCUUGAAGGGAUCUAUCUGUACUUUUAGCUUCUCCAAACAGAAUAAACACAGCGGACUUCCAGCUGCUUUCCGAUCAGCAUCCCAGCCUGUGAACGAUGGACUUUAUUAAAGCGGUACUCAGCAGAGCACACAGCAUCGCUGUCACUCCUUCAGACUGAGGUGAUGCUCUUUUACCUGCUGAUGCAAGAGACCGUGGUGUCCUCAGUGAGCAGAAAACUUCCUAAUCCCCCACAGUGGAAAUAUGGAUGCAGAUCCGAAACUUAUCUACAUCCUCAUCGGGGUCCUCGCCUUCAUCACCCUGGUGUUCACGGUGCUGGGGCUCAUGUGUCUCAGAAAAGUGCGCUUCUUGAACCAGACCAUUCGACAGCUGCAGGGGAACAUGUUCACUCCUGCCAUUCUGCCUCUGAGGCCAGUCCCAGUAGUGCAGGAGGAGGAGGAGGUGGUGGAGCCUCCUUUCCAGCCCUCCCUGCAGCCCAGCGGCAUCGAGAAACGCUCCAAGAGGCUGUGGAAAGGCCUGCAGCAGGAUCCUCAUUUCACCAAGUCAGACCUGAGCCUGCUGCAGCUAAUCAAAGCAGGGAAGGAAGGUGUCUUCUACCAGGCCAGGAUGACCCGAGGGACGUGUAAAGGCCACAGCAUGUUCACCUGCAAGAUCAGCAAGGAAGGCGUUCGUCUCAAACAUGUGGACAUGGAGGUUUCCAUCAUGAAGAAGCUGGUGCACCACAAGAACAUCCUCCAGAUAUUGGACUGGAACACUACUGCGGAGCCUUACAUUCUGAUCAUGGAGUAUGUGAGCUACGGGACUCUGAGGACCUUCCUGCAGACCAACAGAAACCACCUGAGUGUGGACCCUGAGCUGCAGAGCCUCUUCACCAUCGCCUCCUACCACAUCGCUCUGGCCAUGCAACACCUGCGCUCCAAAAUGAUCAUGCACUGUGACUUGGCACUGAGGAAUAUCAUGGUCAAUAAGUUCCCCUGGGAGGUGAAAGUGGCAGAGUUCGGCCUGGCCAGAGACUUAACACGCAUGACGAGCCGCCGCAGCAGCCGCUGGAGAAACCCGAGGCAGCGUGUGCCGCUGCGCUGGUACCCCCCUGAGUACUUCAAGAACAACUAUUACAGCUUCAAGGGAGACGUAUGGGCGUUUGGCAUCGUGCUGUGGGAGAUGCAGACGUUCGGUACCUUACCGUAUCCAAACCUGGAGACAUCAGAGGACGUGAUCUACCACAUCUGUUUGGGUCAUAAGAACACAAACCCCGACGGCUGCAGACCAGAGCUACUUCACAUCAUGCGAGACUGCUGGCAGGAGCCGUACACGCUGAGACCCUCCUUCAAUGACAUCGUCUACAUGCUGGAGAACGUCAUGGAAAACGAUGCAGAUUACGUGGAUGUGGAGAGUCCUCAGAGUUUGGUCAAAGAGGACGCUGAUUAUCAUGAAGCCAAAUGUCUACGAACAGCAAGUGUCACCUUGGAUGAUAAAAGCGCUGUUUAAUAUAUGUAACGGCAGUUUGCCCAAUGUCCUGUGAUUGCCGUUACUGCACAGGAGGAGCAGAGUGAACCGACGCAGAUCAACAAACAGAAUUUCUGGUCCUUGUACUUGCCGUUAGUGGAUGUUUAUUUGACGAUGUGCAUGCAGUGAAAGUACAGCGGUGUCUGUGUGAAUAUGGUGUCUUUGCUGGUUUGAUGCUGGUCUGCUGCUGCUCUGGUGAGAACUGUUUGCUCUCUCCACCUGUGCCCUCCUCCUUCCUGUUACCUGUGCCCUCUGCAUAUACACCCUGUGUCCAAUUACCGCCACCAUGUGUCCAAACAAUAAUUAUAAUAAUCCACAUCAAAUUACUUGCCAACUAGCAUAAAUGGCUCCUACAAUAUAUAUUUAUAGAUGCUGUAUUCUAUAUAGUUUAGUCAGCACACAUUGCUAUUUAGCCCUUUGAGCCUUAUUGUUAUUUUUAGCCUAAAUGAACUACCUUUACUAUCUUGAUGAUUUUAGGGACUAUCAUACAUGCUGUAUCUUGUUUUGUUUUUCCAGAACAGUCUUGGCGCCUAAUAUCUUUAUAAUUUAAUAUAAUAAUACUGGCAGAUUUUUUUAUGUCUCACCACAGAAUGCUGGCAGUAGAGAUGUCGUUCCCUCGCUGUGUUGAGGAGACUGACAAUAUCAGAACCACGAUGGUGAGAUACUGUAGAACUUUGAAAUUAACUUAGUGCCUUAUGGAAAUAACUGUCACUGUUGUAUUUACUGGGCUGCAAGGUGGCGCAGUUGGUAGCACUGUUGCCUCGCAGCAAGAAGGUCGCUGGUUCGCGUC